AUGUUCGUCUACAAGAGAGAUGGACGCAAAGAACGCGUGCAGUUCGAUAAGAUCACUGCCCGUGUCUCGCGGCUGUGUUACGGCCUCGACCCAGAGCACGUCGAUGCGGCUGCUAUUACUCAAAAAGUUAUCUCUGGUGUCUACCAGGGUGUGAACACCAUCGAGCUGGACAACCUGGCUGCUGAGACCGCUGCCUACAUGACCGUCACUCACCCUGAUUACGCUAUUCUGGCCGCCCGUAUUGCCGUGUCCAACCUCCACAAGCAGACCAAGAAACAAUUCUCUAUGGUCGUCUCAGAUCUAUACCACUACAUCAACCCCAAAAACAAUAAGCCUGCCCCCAUGAUUUCUAAGCAUAUCUACGAGAUUGUCAUGAAGCAUGCCGAUGAGCUGAACUCAGCUAUUGUUUACGAUCGUGAUUUCAACUACAACUACUUUGGUUUCAAGACUCUUGAGCGUUCAUACCUGCUCCGGACCAACGGCAAAGUUGCCGAGCGGCCCCAGCACCUCCUGAUGCGUGUUUCCGUUGGAAUCCACGGUGAGGAUAUUGAGAGGGCUAUUGAGACCUACCACUUGAUGUCCCAGAAGUACUUCACUCACGCCUCCCCCACUCUGUUCAACGCUGGUACCCCCCCAACCCCAGCUGGCUUCUUGCUUCCUGGUGGACAUGAAGGAGGACAGCAUUGA